GGUAAUGUCGCGUAAGUUUAUUCACCCGUAUGUGUCACCUGUGGCUGACGAGUUGUUUUUCUCUUAGCUUUGGUUGGAGUUAGACUGAAAGAGAUACAUGUCAGGACUUUUCUCAUAGGAUCCGAGUCUGUUUUAAGCUGAAGAGUGUCGGAUGUGUUACACUUGCAAUUGCUUGUUACGAUGGUUUGUUCUCCAAGCUUCCAAGCCUGGUCAGUUGUUAGUCCAGUAGUUGAGCCCGCAUCGCAUCAAGAACACUAUACACGUUUGUGAGGUGACAAUAUAUACUGUGACUCGGUGUCAAGCUCUUUGGCAGUAUUCUUCACCAAUGGCUUUUUUUGUAAAAAAGAAGAAAUUCAAGUUUCAGACACAAUUGACAUUGGAAGAGCUGACCGCUGUGCCUUUUGUGAACGGAUUAUUGUUCUGCAAGCUUAGAUUGUUGGACGGUGGAGAUUUCGUUGCAACAUCAUCCAGAGAGGAGAUUCAGGAGAACUGUGUUCGCUGGAAGAAGAAGUUCACCUUUGUGUGUAAAAUGAGUGCCAACCCCACAACCGGAGUGCUGGAUCAAGCCAUCUGUCGGAUCUCUGUGCGGAAGGAACUCAAAGGAGGAAAAACAUAUUCAAAGCUAGGUUUCACUGAACUCAACAUGGCCGAGUUUGCUGGUUCGGGCUCUGCAGCCCGCUGUUGCCUGCUUGAGGGAUAUGACACCCAGAAUACCAGACAGGACAAUUCAAUACUAAAGGUGACUAUCGGGAUGACCCUCCUGUCUGGAGAUCCGUGCUUCAAAACCGCACCCAGCACAGCCAAGUGCAUCUCUGUCUCAGGCCAGGACCACACCCUACAGCUAGACUGUAAGGGGGAGGGCAGUGGAAGCCCAAAGCGUCCCCCUUCCCUGGGCCGGUCUAUGAAGCCCAGACCCUCUAUAAUCAGCUCAGGUCUACCAGAAGAGUUGGACCAGAUCCAGUUGACCAGCCAAGAAGUGUUCCAAUUUGGCCACUCUCGCAACUCCAGCUAUGCCAGCCAGCUGAGCAGGAUCUCAGACUACAGCACGGAGCACUCCUGCUCCUCCAGUCUGUCAGACCUCACACACAGGAGGAACACCUCCACGGGAAGCAGCACCUCCGGAGGCUUGAGUUUAAUCAUAGACUCCCCACCGGAGGAGAGACCCCCUCGGCCCCCACGGCCCAUUCUGCCGUCCAGCAGACCCCCCAGGAAGAAGCAGGAUUCCGUGGAGAGCCAUCCCUCCAGGGUGAACGACACACGCAUCGAUGCUGAUGAUGUUGUUGAAAAGAUUGUCCAGAGCCAGAACUUUGCUGACAUCAGUAACACAGAGGACAGUAACCUACUACUGUUUGUCAGUAAAGACGGCACCACUUCCCUGAAUGGGUUACGCCUUGGAACCCGGGUAUUGGCCGGUGUCUAUGAGCCAGUAGUGAUUGAGAGCCAUUAGGACGGGGGUGGAAGAGGUGAAGCUUGUGGACCAACUUAUGAAAUUGAGCUGGUUGCCCGGAGACAAAGACCAUCUCACAAAGUUCUUAUGUUUAGUCGUGGGUCUGUUAACCCUGUAUGUUUUUAUUAUUUUUGUUGGUCAGUGCACUUUGUUUCAGAUGUGUUGUUUUUAACCCCAAAUGGUAUAGUUGUCUGAACUAACAUCAGCUGUAUGUCGAUAUAGACUGUUUCCAUGGUGAAAGUUAUGUCCUGUUAAAAAGAAGAGACAUAUAUCCUCUUUAGCCUUAUCAUACAGUGGAUGUAAGUCUACACACCCCUGUUAAAAUGCUAGGUUCUUGUGAUAUUAAAGAAUGAGACAAAGAUAAA